GCCCCAGUGCGGGCUCUUGAUGGCCAGACUUCUGUCCCAUUAGGGACCGUCCCUGCCUUCCCUGGCCUUGGAGCCAGUCUUCUCCCCAAAUUCUGGGCUGAGGCUAAGGCUCUGCUCCUUUUGUGGUGGGCAGGAGGGGUAGUGAGCUCAUCCCUGGAAAGGAUUAGUCAUCAGAGAGACAGGGACAGAUCUGCGGGGCAGGACGGAGGACGGGCUCUAUAUAAAUGAGUCAUCUCCCCUCCAGCUCCGAGGGCCCGAGCUUGACAGCUGCUCCAGCUUGGGCCCCGGGAGAGAUUGGUAAGCGGGAGCUUCCCGGAGGCAGGAGUAGUUAACUGGCUUUUAAUAACUCAUUUUGCUGAAUUAUUUCUGGUGAGGAGAGAAAACCUUAAUCCCACAGAUGAAAAGCGCAGGGGGGGCAGGUUCAAUCAGCCCCACUGGCGAGGAAGACAGCGCCGAGGUUCGAAGCUGAUUCUUGGGGUCACUUGCCCAUCACUCCUAAAUUACCGAAACUUUCCUAAUGUUAAAAAUCCCCGACCUGCAGCCUGCAGGGUUCAGCCUUCUUUUCCUAGCCCCUCUGCCCUCUCAGCCAUCCCCACACGCCCCCUGCUCUCAGCAAACGAAGAUCAUCCCAAAGGCCCCCAGAGAACAAGCAAAACUGAACAGGAGAAUGGAAGGGUCCACUUCCUCCAUGUGACUUGUGUUUUUCUGUGUUGCCUCUUUGUCCUGAGUCAGGGAGCAUCCAGCACGAGCCGAGCCCCGCGCCCGGCUGUGGUGGGAAGGAACCCAGCGCUGCGCCCUCAGGGAGCUGCCCAUCUCGGUUACAAUUUAGACAAACCCUCCAGCGGCAGCAAACGUCACAGCCCACAGUCUCAGCUUUCCCACCACGGGCCCACUCUCCGGCGUCGCCUUCCCCCAUUGCCACCCUUGAUUUCAGGAUUGGAAAAGGUGGUGCCUCCCCACCCCCCACCCACCCCACCCCCACCCUCGGCGCAGGGACCAGAGCCUGAAGCCAGCCCAGAGGGGACGCUGCCACUCACCGGGGACCGCCGAGGACACAGAGGCCCGGUUUCGGCAUGACCACCCCCGCAACGGUGGGCGGGAAGGCCUUCCUCAUCGCCUACGGGCUGUUCGGCUGUGCCGGCACCAUCCUGUUCUUCAACCUCUUCCUGGAGCGCAUCAUCUCGCUGCUGGCCUUCAUCAUGCGCGCCUGCCGGGAGCGCCAGCUGCGCCGCAGCGGCCUGCUGCCCGCCACCUUCCGCCGCGGCUCGGCGCUCUCGGAAGCCGACUGCCUGGCCGGCUGGAAGCCCUCGGUGUACCACGUGCUGCUGAUCCUGGGUCUAUUCGCCGUGCUGCUGUCUUGCUGCGCCUCGGCCAUGUACACCAGCGUGGAGGGCUGGGACUACGUGGACUCGCUCUACUUCUGCUUCGUCACUUUCAGCACCAUCGGCUUCGGGGACCUGGUGAGCAGCCAGCACGCCGCCUACCGGAACCAGGGGCUCUACCGCCUGGGCAACUUCCUCUUCAUCCUGCUCGGCGUGUGCUGCAUCUACUCGCUCUUCAACGUCAUCUCCAUCCUCAUCAAGCAGGUGCUCAACUGGAUGCUGCGCAAGCUGAGCUGCCGCUGCUGCGCGCGCUGCUGCCCGGCGCCCGGCGCGCCCCUGACCCGGCGCAACGCCAUCACCCCGGGUUCCCGGCUGCGCCGCCGCCUGGCCGCGCUCGGCGCCGACCCCGCGGCCCGCGACAGCGACGCCGAGGGCCGCCGCCUGUCGGGCGAGCUCAUCUCCAUGCGCGACCUCACGGCCUCCAACAAGGUGUCGCUGGCGCUGCUGCAGAAGCAGCUGUCCGAGACGGCCAACGGCUACCCGCGCAGCGUGUGCGUCAACACGCGCCAGAACGGCUUCUCGGGCGGCGUGGGCGCGCUGGGCAUCAUGAACAACCGCCUGGCCGAGACCAGCGCCUCCAGAGAGCCCGAGGGUGCAGAGCGCAGGACCCCCUCCAGCUGCCCCUCCUCUGCCUCAGGGCUCUGCCAGCUACACUGGUGGGCACCAGGGCCUGCAGCACCAGGAACCAAAGCAGUCAUCCGGCAAGUGUCAGAGAGUUUGACUCCAGAGCCCAUGAUGUGUUUGGGACACAUCCCAUUCUACACCCUCUUUGGCCCCCACUAAUAUUCAAGUGAAUGUGUUUUUUCCACACACACAGUCUGUAUUGGAGGUGGAGGAAGGCAGGAGGGAGAGAGCUGGUGGAUGGAAGCAAGUUUAGGAUUAAAGUUUUGCUCUGGAUGAUCCUCAAGGUGAAGGACAGCUUCUCCCAGACUCACCCUCUACCUCAUAGGAGGUCACUGACCUGGAGGAAGGCCAGAUACCCAGCCUUCGUUGAAGAGAUGGGGGUCUUGGACUGUAAAGGAACAAUACUCUUUUGGCCCAUUUUUUCUCAUCCAAAAAGAUGACGAUCCCAAGGACAAAUACCAGAGUCUAGUCAGACACAGUGUGACCCACCAGUAUAUAAACAGCUUCUGACAGGAAGUCUUAGGAAAGCACCAGGACACCUCACACUGUCUGCCUGAGAGGCAUCAAAAGCAGUAAAAUCUCCCUCCCUGGCAGUGAAGGAAGCAUAUGUGCCUAGAACACUCCAACACACACACACACACACACACACACACACACACACACACACACACACACAGCAUUAAGAGUCAUAGUUGAAUGUCAGCCUCCCCUCGCCCCUUCCACUUCAUGGCAGGAAGGAAAAAACAAGUUAAGAUCUGAGUAACUCUCCAGCUACUUUGGGUAAUUUCUUUUUUGGGGGGUGAGGGAUAAUUUCUAAUUUGGAUUGGGAUUGGUUUUUAAACACAGACUGUAAGCUGGGGGUGAAGCCAGUGAGGAGGAGCUGGCCAGGACAGAAGUCAGUCUUGCCAGUUCCUGAAGGGUAGGCUUCCAGAGAGCCACGCUUCCAGGAUGCACUGUGACGUCAGCCAGGCCAGCUCCAUGAGCCUCCCCAACACUGCCACCCUUCCCCCAUCUGAGCAACGGCUGCGGUCACACUGUGCUUAGAGAGGCACGCAUUAUUUAGGGCAGAGUCCUCUAACAGGACCUAGAAAUAAAGUAUCAGGUUUAUCCCUUUAAAAGAAGGAAAGAUUAAAAGGCAUCCAGUUAGAGGUGUCACCUAGGCAACAGGAAAUAAUUUGGGGAUCUGAGCUAUCCAGAGGGGAAAGUAGACAUCCCCAUGACAGAGACAUCUAGACCAUGAGGACUUAAUAGCAGGCAAAAUAGCAGCCAACCCAGAGAGAGUGAGCCCCAGGAAGACAACAGGAGGCUUAAGACACAGUUAUCAUAGCUCCUUGAGCUAGACAGGCCAAAAAGGCAUCCGGGCAAUCUGCUGACCAGCACGCAGGACUGCAGAGAAUCCCAUCCCCACAGGCAGGAACAGGACCUGCCUCCGGAGAAGGAAAGCUCAUAACCUUCUUUGGCAGUGUUCUCUGUCACCACUGCUUCCUAAAGUCUAUUCUGAGUUGCUCAUGCUGCAGCCUUAGCUGUUUUCACUUCUUUUCCUAUGCUUUGGCUUUGGAAGGAGGCAAUUGCAGGCAGCUUGAGUACGCUGCUGAAGGAAUUGAAAGCAUGGUUCAAGGGAGCUAGGAAAGGGACCCUUCCUGCUCAGCAACCUCACAGAGAAACACCAGUCCUCUAGUGUACAAUGGUAGCUCAGGACUCAGUGGUAUGCACGUAUUUUUGUCCAUGUUCCCCUGGUUCCCCCCUACCACUGCCCUUUUCAAUCAUCAUUGUCCUUUACCUCAGGCCAAAGGGCUCAGUCCCCCAGAUGCCAGGGGCUGCUGGGAAAAGCCGGGCUCCCAAGGUCAGGGGGUUUGUUGGAGCCUAGACCCAUGCCUAAAGGGCUUGUUUGACAUCCUGCUUGAGGGCGAGCAUAGAGAACCAGACCUGCUUGACAAGCUGGGAUGGGGGUCCUCCCAUCGUUUCAGGAUUAUAGACAUUGAUAGGGAACCCUUUCUUUGGUGCAGAUUCUUCUGAACCUCAGGCUAAGAAAGGGCCCCUUCCUCUUAGAUGCUGUGGCCUCUCCCACCAUGCAGGGGUCUCCAGUCUGACCCACAGCUGGUAGCUCACUGUAAUCAUAAUGUCCCCAGGCUCCACGAGCUGCUUCCUAACCUGAGGCCCACACUCACCCCUCUUGUGCUGGGGCUCUGGGGCUCCCGUAAAGGCAGCACGGGCUCUCAGACAGCAUGGGCUCUUGUCACUCGGCUGUGGCCACACAGAGGCCAGGAUCUUAGACUGCAGCUGGGCCUUCUCAGAGCUAAGCAGGCAGGGAAGGAGCCGCCCUUGGUGCCCUUGCUCUCUAAGAAGGCCAGGUGGUCAGGGCCCUGUGUCCUCUGACUGAAGUCAGCACCUCUGGGCCUGGCGAAGGAGUUGGAAGGCUCAGGCAGCCUCAGGCCUUCAGCUUGUGGGAAAUGCCACGAAGUCCUGGGCUUUGCCAGGAGUGUCACACAUCACAGCAUCAUGCACACACAUGCGUGUACACACACACACACACAACACACACACACACACACACACACACGUCAGCCUUAUAAAGAGCUACUAGCCCCUUUCCCCACGGAAAAAAAAUCCUGGUCUGGGCCACUUUAAGGAGAAGGAUUUUGCAUUUUUAACUCCCUGGAGAUCUGCAGGGGCCUGGAAAAUUCCUCCCUGUCUUGGGGGAGUUUCAUGGACACUUUGCAUGUAUCUGUGUUUUACACAGAUGCCAGUGACCAAACCCAAGCCAAACCCUGGAAAACAGCUGCUGAAUGUACACAGGCUCCUCCACCUCUCAGACAGGCCUCCUAGCAGAUCCCUCUCCCUGCGCCCUGGGUGAGGGGCGCCCGAGCCCUCCUGGCCACGGCAGCCCACAGAGGCGGAGACCACAGCAGCCAUGGGCCAGGCGGCUCCACCUUACUGUAACUUUUUACAUUCUUCACAAACGAAAAGCACAAUUCCACACGCACACUGUCUGGAAAGCACAUUCAGACAGACUGCUUGAGGCACUUCUGAGUCCAGAAGAGGCGCUGGCUGGGGCCCGUUUUUUUGUUGGAACGGUUGUUAUAAAAUGUGCUGGUUGGUGCCACCAAAGGCUCCACUCCGGGGCCGGGGAGGGCUGCUGACACUACUCCUGACCCCCAGGACGGGCUCAUCGGCAUGGACUCAGGGCCCGGACUCUCGCCCCUGGAGCAGCUCUGACACCUGCAGGUACCGAGCCCAGCCAGUCUCAUCACUGAAGCGGUGAGGUUUCUGCACCGACCUGGCCCAAGACCCCCUUCCCCUUUCUGUCAGCCUCCCCCCACCUCCUCCCUAGGGAAGCUUCCCCACUUGCUUUAUAAAUCAUUUUCUAUGCUACCCAUUCUCUCAGGAGGGGGUUAGAGCAUGCGGGGCAAGCCUGCAGGGUUUCUUAGACAAUACAUUUAUUUUUCCGAGCAACACUCCAAGAGAGGGCUUGAGGGGUGUUUAAAUUAACAAUGAAUAAAAUGCAGCCUGC